AUGGAACAGCUCCCCGUAGAAAUAUUCUCCAAGAUCAUCGACUAUCUCACCCCGCGUGAGCAGGUGCAGCUUCAAUCCGUCUCAAAACGGUUAUUUGCUCUCGCUCGUGAUAAUAUCCUUUGGAGGCUUCAUUGCUAUGAAGAAACAUGGAUCGCCUCCGAAGCCCACCGUCCCAUUGCGAAGGCUUUGGGCAGUCAAAUUGGACUGAAUUCCGCAGCCACAACAUCUCUCAGCUCAUUGGGCCAAGCAUCGUUGAUCUCUCUGAUCCAACCGAGUCAUACACAUCAAGAUGAGGAUGAGUAUGAUGAGGAUCAGCUCCCAGUAUCGUCGCUGGGUGAAAGGUCGCGAGGGGCCGCCGCGUGGGAUCCGUCAUACGAGGGCGAGGAAGUUGAUUGGUAUUCAGAGUACAUAGCCCGGCAUGGGCCAAUAUCAUUUGACUGGUUACAGCGGCCUUUCUCUAGAGGACCCCAAAGCAGCAAGAGAAAUGCUCACGAAGUCAAGGGCAUGGGGCUACUCAAGGACUGGAGCUCCGCAAGACAGAAUAAGGUUGUUGCUCCUCUGAACGAUGGUAGUGUUUGCAUUUGGGAUCUCAACCACUCCCACUAUGCUGCUUCACAAGCUACCAAAGGUAAGGUUCUUGGGAUUAGUGCUCCGGGAAUUCUGACGGCGGAUCUGUCUCGGAGGAGGGAAAAUUCCACCUCCAAAGCAGCGUUAGAUUUCAUCAACCUGGGGGAAUGUGUGAGCGUGGACUCGCUUCGCCAACGAGCUUUCCUGGCCGUUGGAAAUGCUUUGAAUGAGGUUGACUUGGAAACGCUCAGGGUUGUUUCACAACAGCGUUAUCCUUGGUCCGUUUUUGCCUUGUCUCAGGAAACAGACUAUUCAGUGCCUUUAACACUAGCGACAACACUAAGUCUACAUAUAUACGACUCCAGACUAUCAGUGUCAGAGGAAGAGGAAGCUAUUAGCCUUCGCUGUGAGAAGGCAGCCGCCUCGCCAUUCGCUUCUGACUCACGGCUUUUUACUCACCCCGACUCGCCCAUCCUACAACUUCAACCCAAUGGCCUCCCUCCUCAACGCAUAAGAAGCCCAGAACCCUCAGAGAAAGGUGCUAACUACGCCCCUUUGUUCCAGCCUGGCCCUCUAGCUCUUCUACAUCCUCCAGCUCCACAUGUGAACACGAUUCUUCUUGCUGGCCGUUUCCCAAGUAUCCUGUGCUACGACCGCCGAUACUUCCCCCGGUUACAAAAUACAGUGCAUGCAGGCAGCCGACUAUGUGGCCUUGCGCCUGUCCCUGCUCCACGAUUCCCCGUAUUCUCCGAGUCUACGUGGUCGGAUUCGCACUCCGUCGCGGCUUGUGGUGAAUACAAUGGCAGAGGCUCGUUGGAGGUUUACAGUCUCACUUCACCUGCCUAUGGCUGUAAAAAGAGCCCGUCGGAUUCGUCAUCCAGUCUAUAUAGCGCUUAUAAAAAUCGUCAAAGCGCUGCUAGUUCCAAGUUGCUGUCGGUUGGAUCGCAUGGAACCCGCCUCGUAUAUUCCGAUGCCGAGGGUAACAUCAAAUGGGUUGAACGGGAUGGACGAACAGAAGUUCGUCGCUGGAACAUCAAUACCCAUGAAACGGAUACUGGGAGCAAUCGAAAUUCACAGUCAAAUGAUGAUUAUGGCUCAACCGGGUUAUGGCGUAGCUUGUCUCGCUCACAGGAAAACAGCGAGGUUGCUCGGAAAGUCCUUCCCACUGGCGGAAAUCUCACCGGGAAUGAGCUGCUCAUAUGGACCGGUGAGCGCAUAGGUCGUUUGAAGUUCUCAGGGCAUACCCGACCAGCGGAUGAAGUUGAAGAAGAUGACAUGUCCAUUGACGGAGAGCUUGACAGUGAUGCAUGCGAAGAGAUGCGGCAGCGGAAGCGAGAAGAGCGGCGAAAGGAACGCGAAUAUACCGAUAUGAUGCGAAGAGUGCUCGAAAGACAGGCGGAUGAAGUACGAUGGACAAGAGGAUUUGGAUUAUCGUGA